CUGUCGCGCAGAAGAAGACAUUGACCAAUGACAAGCCGCUACGUCACUCUUUCCUGCAGUAAUGGCGACGUCCUGUUAGCGCUGCGCUGCCUCAUCUGUUCACUUCUGUUAUCAUCUGUUUUCCAGCGAUCGGACCAACAUGGCUUCUCGAGCAGGGCCCAGAGCGUCGGGGACAGACGGCAGUGACUUCGAGCACCGUGAGCGCGUCGCCUCUCAUUAUCAGAUGAGCGUGGCUCUGAAGUCUGAAAUCCGAAAGCUCAACAUCGUCCAUGUGCUCCUCUGGGUUCUGAUGGCCGCUCAGGUCACCGUGUCCCAGCUGGGCCUGGUCUCGCACAAAGUGGUGGCGUCGCCGUACCAGUGGGAGUACCCGUACCUCCUGAGCCUGGUGCCCACCGUCUUCAGCUUCAUGGCGCUGCCCCGGAACAACAUCAGCUACCUGGUGGUGUCCAUGAUCAGCGCGGGCCUGUUCUGCGUGGCCCCCCUCCUCUACGGGUCCAUGGAGAUGUUCCCCGUGGCGCAGCAGCUGUACCGGCACGGGAAGGCCUACCGCUUCAUCUUCGGCUUCUCGGCGGUGUCCGUCAUGUACCUCGUCAUCGUCAUCGCGGUACAAGUGCACGGCUGGCAGAUCUACUACAGUAAGAAGCUGCUGGACCAGUGGUUCACCAGUACUCAGGACAAAAAGAGGAAAUAGAGUGGCGUUUGAGAUGCUGGAAUGUUUAAAGGGCCCAUAUUACGCUGUUUUCUUAUCUAUGUUAUAAUGUAGUUUCUUCAUCAUAAACAUUCCUGGAGUUGUGUUUUGUUUCAUUCACUCAUGUUUAACACUUAAAUCUGUAUAUUUAGGCUUAGGCACUCCUCAUGAUGUCAUUAAAUUGUAAUACAGGAAGUGCUCCACUGUGUUUUUUAAAGCAGACCUCUUAUGCUAAAUGAACUUUUCAGAGAUUUUAACCAUGUUAUAUUUGUUUCCCCUUCACUACAAAUUUCUAUGAUCUGGCCAAGAUUUUAAAACUUAAAUCUGAAAACAAGAUGAAUAAACCGAUAUAUUAUCUA